AUGGUCGAUCAUCAGGAGCUCGGUAUCAGGAGUCCGUAUCAUUUUGUUACCAUACAAAGUUCAAAUGGUGACGGUACAGCGAGGCGUCUAGCACGAUCGCAUGCUGUAGCCAGAGGUCUCGAGAACAAUCGAAAGGCGCAGCUAAAACUGGGUCAUAACUUUCGCAUGUCAUCUCCCAAGACUAACAAUAAACGAUCCAGAAGCCGGACAAACUCAACCCAAGCCCUUGCUAAUCAAACAUACAUGUCCUUUUCGGCCUCAUCUGGCUUUUUCCAUUGGCUUGCUACAGAAUCACCGAAACUGCAUGGGCUACUGAAUCGAGGGACAAGUAAAAAGCCUAUUGAGCCAGCAUUAAGUGCUUCCGAUGAGCUUGUGCUCCAAAAUUUCCGUCCAAUUCUCCGAACAGGGCCGGAUGAUGAUCUUCUUUUGAGCGCCAUCAUGCUCACCUUCUCCUUCGCAAGUAACGCUGGUCACUUCGAUAGAGAGUGCUUGGAGUAUCAAAAUGCUGCCUUGAGUUCUGUUCGCCAGAGGAUUGGCUCUCCAAACAAAGCUACCAUGGAGUCGACACUGGGUUCUAUUCUACUCCUCGCUGGUGUAGAGGUCCGUUUGAAUUCAAGCGUACAUUGGCAGUGGCUAAAGUCUCGUAGGCUCAACAAGGAGUACCACGUCAGUGAUGGCAUCAAGCGUGCAAUAUUUUGGUCGGACUUGAACGCUGCAGUGAUCGCAGGCUCGACCCGAGUUGUUGAUCAUACAACCUUCUCCGAGCUCCACUGGAAACGGGAUCCAUUUUCACCAGAAUUUUUCACCUUGCCUGCGGGUUUCCAAGCCCAGUCUCACUUACUGAGCGAAGGCUUUGUCGAAAUCCUCAAGGACAUAUGUGCACUGCAAUGCAUUCGAGACUCUGCUCUGUUUGACAAAGAGGAUGUGGUAUCAAUGGCCCAUAUUGAUAACCACCAGGCCUCUAUCCAGUCAAGGCUAGUGGAUCUGCCCGAUGUUUCACUCUCGCCUAUCUCGGACUGUUGUCAAAUAGCGGCAUAUCUGUGCUCAACCAUGCUUCGCUGCAAGAUUUGGCGCACUUCAACUAUUCCCUCCCAUCUUUCUUUGCAACUACUUGGCAAGCUCCAAGAUACAAAUCAAGAUACAAUAUGGAAUCAUUCGCCGGAGCUACUAAUCUGGAUUCUCCACGUUGGUGGCGCUUUUGCUCCUCCAGGGGCUAUCCGAAUGGCCUACGUUGACCUGUUGCAUUUGAACUUCAGCACUAGGCUUAAAGGCCUGUGUACUACAUGGGCAGAGCUGCGUAUCAUUCUCCAGCGAUUUAUUUGGUCCGAGAAAGCGUUCAUGUCGCAGAUCAAGGCGUUCUGGGAGGAAUAUCAUGUUCAAUAUCUAUUAGAGUGA